AUGAGCAGCAUGGAAAAGAAGAAUGAGUUCGCCACGGCCGCCAGAGACAUGAUCUUCUCUGGAGGCGCCACGGAUGAUAGGGACACGGACGACGAUGGUGGCGCCAUCGACGACUCGUGCGACGCAGACGAGGAGAUGGUCACGUCCAAAAGGAACAUUGCCCAGCUGAGAAUCCAGAAGAGAAACUCGGAAGCCGGUCUUCUGAAGAAAGUCAUCCCAUUCCACUGGGCCCCGAUGCUCUCGCCCCUGACCGAGAACGACAUUGCAACCUGUGUCACGCUCGAGAACGCUGCGCUCUCCGACCCAAGACACAGGUCGCUGCCCGAAAAGAUUGAGUACCGCAUCCGCAAAUCUGGCGGGGUCUGCUACGGUCUCUUCAAUACAUACAGACCAAGUGAUGCAAAGGACUGGACCAUCACCACCCUGCAGCACAGCCGACCUGUCGAAUCUGGCCGCUAUGACCAUGCCAAGCAUGUCAUGUUUGUCCACAUCCUAGCUACCCUAGGAACUCACCCAGUCGUCACCGACGCCGACAUGGCCAUGCCCGAGAACUGGCGAGAUCCUUCGGCUUGUCAAGGUUCACCCCUGGGCCACCAGUCGACGGGGAGAACGAUUUGUCUCCAUUCCUUUGUCGUGUGCCCCGAGGUCCAAGGUGUCGGCAUUGGCAAGACGGCGAUGACGUCGUAUCUCCAGCUCAUGAACGAGUCUGGCAUGGCUGACCGAGUUGCAUUGAUCUGCCAACCUUACGCGAUCCCAUUCUACAAGUGUUUUGGCUUCAGAGAUAUCGGCCUGAGCACCGAGGCCCUUGCAGGACAAGGCUGGCAUGCCAUGGUGCUCGACCUCAGCGGUCCCAAGAAGAAGACCAAGGAAGAACCCACUCAAGUGGCUAAGAAGCCCGGGAGCUCAACAUGA